CCUAGUUCCUGAAAGCACACACAGUUCCAUGGAAUCCACACUUCUCCUCCGCAAUGCUCCCCUGCCUAGUGUGCCCCUACAACGCAUCUCUUCCCCUGUGAAUCUAAGUGCUGCAAGGGUAACCGUACCUAAUUUCGGCCUUAACCAUUCGACUCUUUCGCUUGUGAACAAUUCCUACCCCCGCCCACUUAGGCAUGACUUCAGUCCCAUUGAUUGUGCCGUAAAUAACUUCUCGACACAUUCAACAAAUGAUGAAGGUGACAACAAAAUUGUAAGAGGGUCUGUAGGGGCGUCUCUCGUAAUGGCAUGUGUUCUUGGUAUCAUUAGUUGCGGUUGUUGGAUGAGUCCAAUAGCCAAUGCAAUUCCUCCGUGGAGUUCUCGCCAAACGGUUGCAGCAGAUUCCCAGAAGUACAAGCAGACAAGGCAAAAUCUUCGAGAUGUUGAUGUUGAAGUCCUUAAGAAAAAGGCCAAGGUGCAAGCAAAUUCCGGACGUGAUGAAGAAGUAUUGAAGCCACUGCGACAGGCACUUGAUAAAGCUUGGAGUGAGUACUCUACAUACGGGGAUCCUCACUACAAUAUUGAAAUGGCAUUGGUUGAAGUUCUCAUAUAUCUGGGAAGAUAUGAAGAAGCCAAAGAAUGCCAGUGUCUCAAACUCGGCCUCAAAGAACUCAGAGAUUUACGUAUCAAAUCAGAUACUCGAGUUCCUCUUUACAAGGGUAUUAUAUAUACCAUGUUGGAUGAAAAGGACAAAGCAAUGAACUCGUGGAAAGAAUUUGCAAAGUAUGUGGAAGAUGAAUCGGAAGUACCCCUUUUUCAACCCCAAUAGCUCAGUGACCAGAAUCGUAGCAAGUUGGUUGCAGCAAGAAAAGGAUUUUAGAUAUUUCAUUCCGUUUCCUAUAGAACUAUGUAUUGCAAUAAUUGAGAAAAAUGCAAAACUGAUUCUUAUUACUGAAUUGGUCAAUGGCGGCUCCAGG